CGGGCCGGGCUCGAGUUAGAGGAGCCCCGGGGGGAUCAGGAGCGCCUGUCCUGGCUUCUCCUUGCCCCGCGAACUAAGGGGGGGCCCACUCGACGGAAAGGCAUCGCUGCUUUAAGAACGGCGCGGGAGGCUGGGCCGCGCGCCUCCCCGCGUGCUCUCUCUCUCUCUCUUCUACUCCUCGGCUCCGCUUCUUUCUGGGUCUGGGCGCAGACGCUGUUCGGGGCAGAGGCGCCACUCCACGCUGCCUGCCUUCCUUGCAGAGAGCCAGGGGACUCCGCCACGGCCAUGCCCCGGAGGAGGAGCAGGAGCCGCCGCCGCGAGGUGUGCCCGCGCGGGGCUCCCGGGGGAAGGGACUGAGCCCGGGCGGAGGACGCGGAGCAGGAGGAGGAGGAGGAGGAGGAGGAGGAUGGUCCGGGCGGGGCUGGGCCGGGCGGCGGCGCUGGCUGUGCUGCUGGCCUCGGCUUCCUUGGCGGGGCUGUGGGUCGGGCGCCUGGCGGAGCGGCCGGGGCGCUUCCCGCGGGAGAGCUCGCCCGCCCUCAGCCCCUCGGCGCCCAAAACUUUCCGGACGCUGCUGACGCUGCCGGGCGAGGAGCAGAGGCCGAGCCGGGCCCGGGCCCGCGUGGGGCGGGAGCGAGAGCGCGGGAGAGCGGCGGCGGCGUCCCCGGUGCGCGGCGGGAUCUUCUGGAGCCGUUGGCUGGAGGCGCAGGUGCCGCGCGGCUUCCCGGCGUCGGAGGCGUCCUCGUGGCUGGCGGCGGCGCGGGCGGCGGCGGUGGUGGGCCUGGAGCGGGGCGGCUGCGGCCGGGCGCCCAACCGCCUGGCCCGCCUCUCGGACGGGAGCCGCGCCUGCGUGCGCUACGGCAUCAACCCGGAGCAGGUCCAGGGCGAGGCGCUCUCCUACCACCUGGCCGGCCUGCUGGGCUUCCAGGAGCGCCUCCCGCCCGUGGCGCUGUCCCGCGUGGAGGCCUCGGGCGCGGGCGGGCGGCGCUGGGCGGCCGUGGGCGAGGAGCUGCGCGGCGCGCCCUGGGCCGAGGGCGCCGUGGUCAGCCUGGCCCGCUGGGUCGACAACCUCACCGACGUGGUGGCCCCGCAGCCCUGGCGCGCCCCCCUCCGCGAGGCCGGGCCCGGCGCCCUCUCCCCGCCCGCCCUGCGUGGACUCAGCCUGGCCCAGCUGGUCGAGCUGGUCCAGUGGAGUGACCUCAUCCUCUUCGACUACCUGACUGCCAACUUUGACCGCCUGGUCAGCAACCUCUUCAGCCUCCAGUGGGACCCCCGUGUCAUGCACCGCGCCACACGCAACCUCCACCGUGCACCUGACGGCGGGCUGGUCUUCCUGGACAACGAGGCCGGCCUGGGCCAUGGGUACCGGCUCCUAGCUGUCUGGGACCGCUACAACGAGCCGCUCCUCCGCUCCGUCUGCAUCUUCCGUGAGGGCACUGCUGCCCGCGUCCGCGACCUCCACCGCCUCCGCAACGCUGCUUCUGAGCUGCUGCACAUCUACCGCACCCGGGAGCCCCUUGCCGAGAGCCUGGGAUUCCUUUCUGACCAGCAAGCAAGGCUCCUACAGGAGCGCAUCGACCUGGUCCACCAGCACAUCCUUGACUGUCAGGCCCAGGCCGCCCAGGAGCACCUCUGAAGGCGCCCCGAAGGAAGGACGCCCCAAGAACCUGGCCCAGGAAGAAAGGGAUUCUACCCGAACCUGCCUGGGAUGUAGGACCAGCCGCAGGAGUGGACCUGCUACCUUGCCGGUUGUCUUGGACCACAGAGACUCACCACAGACUCUGUAGAGCAGACAUGGGCAAACUUGCCUGCUAUUGAGACAUUAUUUCAUGCCAGGAUCCUGGUGGAAUGUGCUCUUCCUUUGUUUGAUACCCAACGGUUUUGAAUCCCAGUCACUGAGUUGUCGGAGGCCAACCAUGUCCUCAGAUGACAUCCGGCCAGGUCAAAGUGAUAGUUCACGUGAUAGGACUCUUCCCUUUUAAGCAUUGGGUGCACCACUGGCCCCUCUGCACCUGUUCUGCACUCUUGUCUGUUCUAAGACUAGGCCAGCACAUCACAGUUCCUUGCACAUUUUAGUUUGCUCCGGCUUGCUUUCAAGACCCAGCAAAGGGCCUUUGAGUGUUACCCAGUCCCUGCUGCUGGGGCUAAAUGGGCUGUUUUGUCCUUUAGUGGGAGACCAUGAGAAUCCCCCACGUAAAACCAAGGCAUCAUUAUCAUAAGUAUAUCUUUUUAAGUGGUAUAUAUUUCGCUGUAUUGGUUUUACACUGCUUUUUCUUUCCAGUGUGUCUUUCUCUUAAUGCAGGCCAGGGCAUACUUGGGCCCUCCCUCCAGGUGUUUUGAACUUCAACUCCCACAAUUCCUAACAGCCUCAGGCCCUUCCCUUUUCCCCCUCAGCCACUUAAGCAAGGAGGAGAAGGAAACGCUUAAGCAGCUGAGUGGGAAAAGGAAAGGGCCUGAGGCUGUUGGGAGUUGUGGGAGUUGAAGUCCAAAACACCUGGAGGGAGGGCCCAAGUUUGCCCAUGCAUGAGCUGUCUCAACCUUAUUUGCAUAUGGUUUCUGAUUGGCCAGACUCAACAUUGUAACAUUCUUAAAUGGCUCAGGGGGAAAAGGAAGGGGCCUGAGGCUGUUAGGAGUUGUGGGAGUUGCAGUCCAAAACACCUGGAGGGAGGGCCCAAGUUAACCCAGGCCUGGCUUAGGCGGACUCCUUUCCUGCCACUAGGAAUGGUGGGAGUUGCAAUCCAAAAUGCCUGGAGGGAGGGCCCAAGUUUGGCCAUUCAUGAGCUAUCUCAACCUAAUUUGCAUAUCAUUUCUAAUUGGCCAGCCUCAAUAUCUAACAUUUUUAAGCAGCUGAGGGGGAAAAGGAAGGGGCCUGAGGCUGUUAAGGAAUUGUGGGAAUUGAAGUCCCAAGUUUGCCCAGGCCUGCCUUAAUGGCUCUUAAGAGCUUCCCUUAAUAAUUUAGUUGUUUGCUUUAAAAAAAAAAAAAGAAAGAGGCCAUGUACAAAAUACAUUGCCGUUGGAAGGAACCAGUGACCAGAGGAAGGACCAGAAGUUUCAUCCCUGCCACACCCUUUUAAAAAAUCCUUUAAAACUCAAUCGCAUUUGCAUUCCACUUUGGGAACUUUUUUGUCUUUUCGGGAUCUUUCCAGCCACAGAUGUCCUCGAAAGUUAACAAGUGGGCAGAGAAAGUCCCAGCGCCACUUGCUCUUGACUUUGACCAGUGAGAAGCAUCUGGGGGGGAAAAACCUCCUCCGUUUUCUUGGUGUGUCUGUUUUAUACGUAACCGCUACUGUACAGUAAAAUAAUUGACUAAUGGGGCGACAGAGGAGAAGAGGUUCCCAGGUUUGUAGUAUUGUCAGUGUAGGGAUUUUUCAACGCAUUAAUCUGGACGAGGGGGAAAUUGGUUUCAUGCACUUUACUUUGACUUUUUCUUAUUUUUUAUAAAAAGACCUUUUUAUUUUAAAAAUAAGUCUGCAGUUUAGGUACAUGAUGUAUGUUCUUAAGCUCUUCUGUAACAUACUAAAGAAAUUGAUAUUUCAGUAAAAUGUGUUAAUGUUUUUGCCUUUUGGA